UUGCCGAAGGUGGCGGGCGACUGGCCUGGCUCAGCUGGCUGUAGAAGAGAUCGACAUUGCACCAUGUGCUGUCAUACCAGGCACACCCUUCCUUAUCCCGGCCCGCUGCCGCACCCUCACACUCCGCCACCACUGCUGACUCGAACAACACACCCUUCUACACAAGCAUAGCGUGUGACAGAACAUUUCUUAGGAGUUUACUUGUAGCGAACGAAUCCCACUUCAAGGCAGAGACAAGAGGCGGGGCGAGUGCUGAUAUGUAAGCGCAGGGCAGGGUUACUAGUAUGGUGCUGCAAGCCGCACAGCUUCGAAGAAACGAAGCCGUUCGUUUGCUGACGCGAGUUUCCUUGCAGCUGCGAAGCACACCCCGCCUCAGAGGUGGACAACGAUGGUCGCGAUGUACAACAACGACAUGGAGGGAGCACACGGACGCCCUUCUGACGAGGACGUCCCUGAGCACGACGUGCCUCCCUCGGCUCACGUCGCCGAAGACGAAGGACCAGCGAAGAGCGGUGGCCACGGGGCGGCGAUGGCCAGAGCGGAGGAGGAAGUGUCCAAGCAGAACGAGCUCGAUGAAGACCUCAGGAACCCAGCUGACGAAGACUCGACCUCGCACACCGGCACGACGGGGAGCAGCGAGGGCGACGGAACCAGAAAUAGCGCGAGUGGCGACGCCGCCGGUUCCGUCGAGGGCGCUGCCGCAAAAGGGGCGAGCGAAGAAGCGGCCGCGAUUUCUGAAGCCGAGCCCCAGCCGGGACACCCCAGUGAUGACAGUGCGUCUGACGACACUCUCAGGGGGGCUGAGGACGGCGCAGCGAAGGGGAAUGACGGAGAGGAAAACAAGGAAAACGUUGAUAAUACCCUCAAGGAAACUGACGAGGAGAGUGACACGGAGGACAGCGAGGACGAGGACGCGGCCAGGGACGACGAAGGAGUCGAAUGGCUGCUGAAGAUCGACGACCUAGAGCUGUACAAGAAGGCCAUGAUUCCGGAGCAUUUCUACCUCAGGAUCAGCAGUCCGAAAGUCCUGACCGAGGAACAGCUGCGCCUGGCCCUCGACCGACUCCUCGGGGAACUGAAGUGGCUGCGCCUCGGCUUGAAGCACCGACAGGGCGACUGCUGGAUCUGCUACCUGCCGAAGGCUACGAUGCAGGUUCGGAUCUGCAAUGACGACAGCCUGGGUUACAUCAUGGAGGAACCGCAGCGCUCGCACUACUACCUACAUAACGACCUCCUUUGCACAGUCCACACAUCCUUGCCGAUCCUCAAGUGCCCAGAACUUCGCGGGAUAGAAGAAGAGACAAGAAAGCGAAGAACAACAGUGCCGAUAAAGGUGACAGUGCCAGCCUGGACGAUAGAAACCUCACACGUGAUUACAAAUACCUCCUCCUCCUGGCUGGUCCUCCGCCUCUCCUAAACGAAGCUUCCGGCAGACUCAUCAGUGACACCUUUGUAAAACACCUUAAUGAUGCCAUAGAAGAGUCUGUUGCACAAGAACCAGUCGUACAAAGCCCCGGUUCCAGCACUGGCAGUGGAGCAGAUGCGAACCUGGACUCUCCCA